CGUCCGUAUGAUGACGUGUCAUCUGCCGACGUGCACCGGAAGUGACGAUCCUUGUUAAACAGAAGCCGAUUUCACAUUUCUGAGUGUGAUUUUGAUCGUUUUUUCCGCAUAAAUUCCACACAAAGGGAGAGUGCUAAGACAACAUUAACGCCAGGGAUCCACCAUGAGGCGCACAGGUUUGGGUGAUGGAGGACCUGGGAACUAUGCAGCAAGUGGCUACAGUGUGUACGAGGAGGAGAAUGAACACUUACAAGAGGGACUGCGAGCCAAAGUCACAGCUUUGAAAAGUCUGUCUAUCGACAUAGGAACGGAAGUGAAGUACCAAAAUAAAAUGUUGGACGACAUGGACAACGACUUUGACUCAACAGGCGGCCUGCUCAGCAACACCAUCGGGCGGGUCAAGCAGCUGUCCAGAGGCAGUCAGACUAAACUGUUGUGCUACAUGCUGCUCUUCUGCUUUUUUGUCUUCUUUGUCCUCUACUGGUUCCUCAAGUUGAGGUGACGGCAGGAUCUCGCUGGACUUUGAACGCCCCCGUCAUACAACCCUGAAUGACUCAAGUUGAUUGAAUAGAAAGUAAAACCUACACCAGGGGUCACCAACCUUUUUGAAAGCAAGAGCUACUUCUUGGGUACUGAUUAAUGCGAAGGGCUACCAGUUUGAUACACACUUAAAUAAAUGGCCAGAAAUAGCUAAUUUGCUCAAUUUACCUUUAACGUUAUUAUUAAUAAUUAAUGAUAUUUACACUUAAUUGAACGGUUUAAAAGAGGAGAAAACACGGAAAAAAUUCAAUUUCGACUCUUUCAAAUUCAAAAUUCAACCGAAAAAAAGAAGAGAAAAACUUAAAAAAAAGAAUUUAUGGAACAUCAUUAGUAAUUUUUCCUGAUUAAGAUUAAUUUUAGAAUUUUGAUGACAUGUUUUAAAUAGGUUAAAAUCCAAUCUACACUUUGUUAGAAUAUACAAAAAAUUGGACCAAGCUAUAUUUCUAACAAAGACAAAUCAUUAUUUCUUGUAGAAUUUCCAGAACAAAAUUUUUAAAAGAAAUUCAAAAGACUUUGAAGUAAGAUUUAAAUUUGAUUCUACAGAUUUUCUAGAUUUCACAGAAUAAUUUUUUUGAAUUUUAAUCAUAAUAAGUUUGAAGAAAUAUUUCACAAAUAUUCUUCGUCGAAAAAACAGAAGCUAAAAUGAAGAAUUAAAUUAAAAUGUAUUUAUUAUUCUUUACAAUAAAAAAAUACUUGAACAUUGAUUUAAAUUGUCAGGAAAGAAGAGGAAGGAAUUUAAAAGGUAAAAAGGUAUAUGUGUUUAAAAAUCCUAAAAUCAUUUUUAAGGUUGUAUUUUUUCUCUAAAAUUGUCUUUCUGAAAGUUAUAAGAAGCAAAGUAAAAAAAUUGAUGAAUUUAUUUAAACAAGUGAAGACCAAGUCUUUAAAAUAUUUUCUUGGAUUUUCAAAUUCUAUUUGAGUUUUGUCUCUCUUAGAAUUAAAAAUGUUGGGCAAAGCGAGACCAGCUUGUUAGUAAAUAAAUAAAAUUUAAAAAAUAGAGGCAGCUCACUGGUAAGUGCUGCUAUUUGAGCUAUUUUUAGAACAGGCCGGCGGGCUACUCAUCUGGUCCUUACGGGCUACCUGGUGCCCGCGGGCACCGCGUUGGUGACCCCUGACCUACACUAUACGUCGAUAUUGUGCCAUCCACAAACACACACUGAUGUUGUAAAUUGUAGUAAAUGGGUGUGGUGAGAUUCAGCGAAAUAGAUUACAUGAUAACACGUUGACAAAUGAGAUGAGAGCUGAGUAAAUGUGUCAUUGUGUUACGCAAGAAUCCCCUCGGAGAUAUCGUUUGGAUUAAUUGCUCUGAUGAAUGCCAUCUGCACAAAAUACCAGGAUGUGAUGUCGUGAUUCCUACAUGUUUUCACUGUAAAUAAGCCUGUAGUGAUCUGUUGAACCAAUAAAUCUUUAUCCACCUUCAGUUUGUUUUCAG